AUCUGUUGACAUCUUUUGAAAUUUAUGAGAAGGUAAAUCAGUGUAGCUCUUCAGGAGUUCGGAUGUUCAACGAUCUUCGUAAACGUGAACCAGGCUCUAGUUCAGUAACUUCACCAGUCGGUGAUGAGUCAAACCUUUACACUUUAAUACAAAAAAAUGUUUUUCACACUCAACACUCUCAAUUCCAAUAUGUCUCAGCUUCAUAGUAAAGUUGACCUUUUAUCCCUUGAGGUAAGUAGAAUAAAGAAAAAAGUCAGCCCUAAUGACAUGGUGGCAGAUUUUCAUCCACCUCCUGAGUAUCAGCUUACUAGCACUGAACUUAAACAAGCAAUGGACCAGAGCACCUCAGCUGGUGACUUGGCAUGUCGCUUGCUAGUUCAACUAUUCCCUGAGCUUUUUGGAAGCAGUGCUUUGUCCAGGAGCUGUAAUACAUGUGGCUAUGUCAACAAGAUUAAACUAGAAUCCCUUCAUCUCCAGCUCAUAAGAAACUAUGUGGAGGCAUGUUAUCCCUCUGUCCAGAACAAUGCUGUUUGGCAGGUUGAAGUCUUGCCUCAAGUAAAUGAUUUCUUCAAUCGUUUUUGGGCUGAGAGAGAAAUGGAAAGCAGCCAUCAUGGUCUGCAGGCCUCCCCGUUCUUUGAAAAUCAACCAUGUCAGAAUUCUCACUUUGUUGAAAGUAAAGAACAAGAGGAAAAUGCCACUUUAGAAAGAGCCAACCCCCAUGGUUUCAGA